UAAUGACAUAAUAAUAAGUAUAUUUAGUUGCUUGCAGUUCUCGAAAAUGUAGUUUGAGAACAUUUUAUUUUACUUUUGAAAUCGAAAAAGUUGUGCGGACCAACAGUGAAAUAAAAACCGACUAUCUCUUUACAUUCCCAAAGUUCCCAGUGUUGAACCCCUCAAGUCUUGAUUUAUAUUAUUUUUAUUUUUCAGCUCUUGCAUAUAACACUAUCUUCAAUCAUCAAUCUCUUACAACAAUUCGAAAUUGUUAUUUUCUCCAGUUAUAUCGCUCAAGAAGGGACGCGAGUUGUCCCAAGAGUACGAAAUCAGGUCACGACUUCCGGGACACUUCGUAUUAGGAGGAGCUCAAGAAAUCCGUUCUUUUUUUAAUUCAUAGGACAUUGUGAGAGACAUUUAUAACGGGCGUCAGCAAAAUCUACGAGUGUUAGUGGCAUUGUCAGAGAGAGAGAGAGAGAGAGCCGCCGAUACACACAGGGACAUACGCGUACAUACUUACACGUAUAUACUAAGGGAAGACAGGCGCAAUACAUGUGGAGUAUGCCACGAGCGCGCUCGUGUGGACCACGGGAUGCUACAGGGGUGAAAUUUAAAGGGAGGGGCUGCUCUCGCGAAAAUGGCCGUUACGCACGGGGUAGAUUGUCCGGGGGUGGACAAGUGACGGGUGGCUGAUCGUCCGUGUCCUCCGCAGUCCGCACCGACCAAUUGACCGAGUGCCUCGCGACGGAUUGACACGGUUUACCCGACAUCGACAGCUAUUAUGCGGCGGUGGCCAAAAAGCGAUCCCUGCUCUGCUCUUCUUAAACCCCCACCGGACGCGCGACCUUCCAUCCCUUCCGUCAAGAGAUUAGGCCCACGCUUCAGCAAUGUAUAUCAAAAAAGCUAAAUAGAAAAAGAGGAAGGGGAGAAUAAGGAAAACUGAGGAAGAUGCCUGGCUCUUAUACUGGAGUUGUAAUCCUCCUCUUGUUAGGGACUUCUGUGUCAGUGUCCGGUACCGCGGACGCUGCCAAGUCUCUGAGAGCGGCGAAGGCCAGGCUCAGAUCGUCUUACGCAUCGUGGCGGAUAGUGGUAUGUUUCACUCAGCCUCAGACCUCUUUCAAGGCAGACGUACAGAAAGUAUGGGAGCAAGCGAGACUGGAAUCUUUUCACGCGGACAUGGAUGUGUCAUAUAUAGAAACAAGGACGACACCCGUGACGACGAAUUCCUUGUUAUACCCCUUGUCAAUGUUAAACAAAUUUUGUACAGACAUCGAAGGCGGAAAGACAGUAUUAAGCCUUAUUAUAGGGGGAGGAUCGGCAGCCAGAUUUCUUGUUACGGCUGCUGCCGCCUUGAAUCUUCCAGCUCUGUGGUUACCGUUUACACACAGAGACUUUCUUCGCCAGGGAAAUCUCGGCCGGUUUGAGAACCGCAUAGGUUCGAGCCCCAAAGAGGUCGGAGCAGCAGCCGCCGCCUUAAUGCAUCGGGCUAACUGGCAUGCGUUCACCCUCCUCAUCGAUACUACUCUCCUGCCCGUCACUAAUCUUCUACAAACGAAUCCACCGACAUUGACACCUCGCUCGAUCAUACACCUUCCGACGAAUGACAGAACUCUGAGAUUGAGGCUGAGGCGGGUAGCCGAAGAGAGCGGCAGCGGUGGAGUCGUGGUGAUGGCCUGCGAUUUGAGCAACGCCCGGAAGAUCCUCGGUGCGGCCAACAAGUUUGAGAUGCUCUCGGGCAGAUUCUUGUGGCUCUGGCUGGAUCUUAAGGCGGAAUUGCGACCAAACGAGCCCAACAUCAUCAGUUCGCACCUUCUUCACAGUUCGCGUGUCGCCGUUGCGGCCAACGAGAACUCACCGUUGUUUGAGCGAACGACGAAUCUCGCUUCGGACGACAAACCAUUGCCGCCGCUGAAUCCGCUGCCGAGCCUAGCCAACGACAUACAUCGGUUGCAAGAAUAUAGGUGGCGAGAUGAGAAGAUCGUGACCAAGCGGGAGGACAAGGGCUUCAAUUUUGACGACGAGGAGGAGGUCGGGAGACUCGCGAGUGACAAGGAGCUCAAUUCCAAGAGUUUUAUGCCGAUCGGGAUGCUUGCGCUCAGGCCGUCCGGUAUCAGGAUCAUGGAUGGCGACACCAUACUGACCAGAAUACUGAGAGAGACCUCGCAAGCAUUGGACGAGACCUUCCUGGAAACAAAGACGAGGUUGAGUCGUAUGCGCGAUCUGCAGCUCAGAGAGCACUUCGUACCGGAAUGCUUCCCGGAACGUAAUGCUAAGUUCAUGACGAGCGACGCGAGGGAGAACGUAUCCGCGACCUUGACGAGUAAACUGAGGAAAUCCAUGGGACAAAUCUCUAAGGACAAGGCAGAGUUUCAGUUGCUGAAUUUGCAAGCCGUCAGGUUUCCCGGGAAUAAGACUCAAUUGAGGUGGACCAAGGUCGGCACUAUCAAGGGAGGCAGGGAAGUCCGUUUGGAUACUAUAAUCUGGCCGGGCGGCGGCAUCAUGCCGGCGUAUCUCGAGCAGGGCGGCGAGCAGAUCGGGAUGCCGAUUUAUAGCAUUGUGACCGCGCUGGCGUCGCCGUUCACCAUGAUCACACAUCUGCAAGAGGGUUUCUGUCUGCGCGGUCUCACUUGUCGACAGGGUAAUACCGUGGUGUGCUGCUACGGCCUGAGUAUAGACCUGCUAACUGUGGUCGCGCGCGAGCUCGGUUUUCGUUUUAAUCUGUACCUGGUGGAGGACGGGCUAUUUGGGAAACGGAACAACCGGAACGGCACGUGGAACGGCGUGAUGGGCGAGCUGGUGUCCGGUCGAGCGCAGAUGUCGUUUGCGGCCUUGAGCGUGUCCACCCAUCGUGCCGAAGUGGUGGACUUCACCACGCCGUACUACUUCAGCGGCGUGAGCUUAGUCACGGCGCCGCAGCUACGUUCCGAGAUACCGCUGCUCGCGUUUCUGUUCCCGUUCAGCACAGAGCUGUGGAUUGCCGUGUUCACGUCGCUAAACUUCACCGCGAUCGCCGUCGCGCUCUACGAAUGGUUCAGCCCGUUCGGCCUGAAUCCCUGGGGCAGGCAGCGCAGCAAGAACUUCUCCAUCGCCUCCGCGCUGUGGGUGAUGUGGGGCCUUCUGUGCGGCCACCUCGUGGCCUUCAAGGCGCCAAAGUCUUGGCCUAACAAGUUCCUUAUCAACAUUUGGGGCGGCUUCUCCGUCAUCUUCGUGGCCUCGUACACGGCAAACAUAGCCGCCCUUAUCGCCGGUCUCUUUUUUCAUUCCUCAGUGAGCAAUUACCAUGAUAAAAGCCUGUUGGCACAAAGAGUUGGUGCACCGAGAGCUUCCGCGGCCGAGUAUUACGUGCAAAGAGCGAAUCCGCAAUUAUGGUCCCACAUGGCUCGAUAUUCCUUGUCGGACGUCGCCGAGGGCGUGGAAAAAUUGAGAAACGGCAGCCUAGACAUUCUGAUCGCGGAUACGCCGAUUCUGGAUUAUUAUCGGGCGACCGACGACGGUUGCCGCUUGCAGAAGAUCGGUGAUACCAUCAACGAGGACACUUACGCAAUCGCGCUUACGAGGGGACACCCCCUGAAGGAGAGCAUAUCGAAAAUUAUAGCAAAUUUCACGAGUAACGGGCUGCUCGACAUUCUGCAGGAAAAAUGGUAUGGCGAAUUACCUUGUCUGAGCGAUCGACCAGGGAUAGGCGCAAUAGAUGCCGAGCCAGGUGGUCAACCCAGGCCGCUAGGAGUCGCGUCCGUGGCCGGGGUUUUUUGCCUGCUCGGGAUGGGUGUGGUGCUCGGUACCAUAAUACUCAUAGGAGAACAUCUCUUCUACAAGUACACGCUGCCGCGAUUGCGGCACAGACCGGAGGAUUCCAUCUGGCGCAGCCGUAACGUCAUGUUCUUCUCGCAGAAGUUGUACAGGUUUAUCAACUGCGUGGAGCUGGUCUCGCCGCAUCAUGCCGCCCGCGAAUUGGUGCACACGGUGCGACAGGGCCAGAUCGCGUCGCUCUUUCAGAAGAGUGUCAAACGAAAGGAACAUGAACAACGUCGCAGACGUAAGAGCAAAGCACAGUUCUUCGAGAUGAUUCAAGAAAUCCGAAGAGUACAACAAGAAGAGAAGAUCGAGACAGUACCCGAGGAGCCUGAUGCCACCAAGACGGUGAAAAAGGACGAGAAGCUUGGAAAAGGUAGAGAGAGGAGUCGCAGCAAGAGUCCGCUGAUGCCUCGAAGCCCUAAGCGAUCGGAGAAAAGCAGGAGUUCAACGAAUCUGUCGGCGUCUCGCCUCGGAUUGUCGCCGGUGAGUCUCGACGCGCCGAUGAAGCCGCGCGAGUUCACGCUCAGCAGCACCAAUUUGCGCGCGAGGAGCCCGCUGGAGACGGUAGGCCGUAGAUUGAGCCAUGGGGACGGCGGUUCGCCGCCGCCGCAUCUCGGCUCCUUCGGCGGCAGUGCCAAUCUGCGGCCGUUAGCACCUACCAGGAGCGACUCGACCGGCGGUGGCACGCCGACCGUUCGUCGUGAUUCCGCCGCCGGGGGUGGUGGCGUGCCGACGCCGAGAUACUCUCGCAGCCCGGCCAAGCGAGGCCAGUCCUUCCCGGUGUUCGCCACUCUGAGACCGCCGCACUCGGCCGGCUACCAGGUGUCCAGAAGCCCACUGUUGUCGCCGAACAGCGAGCUCACGUCCGCCAUCGGGAGGAAACUGUCGCGCGAGUGGGGCUCCGGGACUAUCGACCUCACCAGGUCGUCGGAGGCUAUAGGCAGCGGUAGUGGCGGCGGGGGUGGUGGUGGUGGUGGUGGUGGUAGUCGUGGUUCCACGUAUACCUUGAAUCAGGAAAUGACGCUUUCCUUGAGCCGUUCCCCGGGCGAGGAGAAGGCCCAAGAGGAAGCGUUGCUACCGAUCAAGAAGCCCAUACGGCGCGCCAGGAGUCACGAGAAUCGCGACAACAGUAAGCUGAUGGUGGACUUGCCGUCGCCGAGAUUGACCCAGCCUGUGGUGGGCGGCCAGUGUGUCAGCGAGCGAACCAAGAAGCAGCUGGACUCCGAGCUGAAGGCCAUCUUAACUGCCAGGGCCCACCAUCGCGACCUGCAUCCCCCUUGAUAGGAGACCGCCCCGUAUUAAGGGAGAGUUCUUGAAAGCAGCUCGGCUUUUUGGAGGAUCGCUAAGCCUUUGAGGGGCUUUGAUUGAUUUUAAGCAAUAUCAGAUUUAUAGGUCAAUUUGUAGAGGAAUCCGACAGUUUAUCAGAGAAAUUAAGAACUAGCCAGAGGCACACGGCGAUGCGAGUAAAACGGGAAGAAUUUUUUGCUGUUGGAGUGGGGGGAGGGAGGAUGAGAUGAGGUAGAGAGGACGGAGAUAGAUCUCUUUGAUUGUUCAUACGUUGUUACGUACAUUAAUAAUAUAGGAUAAACAAAAGUGCUAUAAACUCUAGUAGUGAUGUCUUAAAUAGGUAGCGAGACACAUACUAAGAUAUUUUCUUGUUGACAUUUUAACUCUACAUUAACCGGCAGCCUGGGCGAGUCUCUCUCGAUUGCUAUGGUAUCAAAUACUGUACGCUACAGCGUUUCUCAACUCCGAUCCUCGACGAUUCGAGAUCACGCUCUUAGCACGUAGUGGAUAGAGCUCUCUCUUUCAAAAUUUAUCGGUUCUCAAACUUAGUUUCACGCAAAAAAAAAAACGGCGUUUCACCAGGUCAAAGUCUGUCCAAGUUUAUCGAGCGGGUCUCCAUCCGCAACCGUUCGCACCAUACCGACUCCUAGCGAUGGCGAUCGAUUAGCCGCACACCCAGCGCACGAAUACAACGAACACGCGAUGAUUUAUGGACGCAGCAUCGGACAUUUAUCCCCAUUUAUCUCCAGUUUCUUUCUCGCGGUGGCGAUGGAGAGGCGGGGUGUGACGUUUCGCUCGCGAAUAAAAACUCGGACAGGCCGCGCGUCCUAGAAUAAUCGUCCCUUCGGGGAGUGUAAAUAUCUCGAGAUAUACAGACUGUCAUUCCUUCGAUCCCUCGUCUGUACGAAUACUGUAAAUACUCGGCGGAAUACUCUUAUUCCGGAUACCUUUUCGCCAUUAGGCAAGGCGUAACGCGUAGCGAAAGUUGAGAAACGCUGGUCUACCGAACCUCGUCGAAUUGGACUGCAUAUUAUACUGCCACUUUAAUAAUUUCUGUGACUGCGGAAGGAGAGAGACUCGCUCGAUGGACUCUCGGCGUAGAAUGACCACUUACCGCGAGAUAAUAUGCAUUAAAUCUUAUUAAUUAUCGCGCCAGGAGGGUAUUAGGAUUGGAAGCCGACGGAAUUCGAAACCCGAAGUCCCGUUAAACGCAAUUCGUAAUCGCGGGUUAUUCGAUACCGGAGAUUCGGGCCCCGGGCAAGAAGAGGGCCGGGAGUGAACACCUGAAACAGAAAAAUCUUCUUUUUCGCAGUCACGUCGCGAGGAUCUCUUUGCGACUUAGCAAAUUUGUCUCCUGAAGCAGUGCCAAACGUCAGUAUUAACUUCGCGAUUGACCGUUUGCUUUCAUCCGGCACGCGAGAAUGUGUAGAAUGUAUAUUUUAGCUAGAUAAGCGCCGCGGGGUCCGGUAUUACGACGACGACGACCUUGUCCGUUCGUUCGCUCGCCGCGCGACUCGGUGAACCCCGGGACCCCGCUUCGCGGCCGGCGAGUUUACCGAUUCCUUCCGACGGAUUUUACUAGACUGAUAGGCGAAAUUUCAUUCAGGAAUUGUAAAUGAAACAUUAUCGGAAUUGAAUAAUUGUUACUGAUCGAUGUGCAUGUCUCCCAUCUUCGUCUAUCGAAUUCUUUCGAUUCACUUGAUGAAAAUAAGGGGGGGGGGGCGAAACUCACGUCUAGUUCUCAUUACUAUUCAACUUAGACAAGUAGAACGUGGAUGUGCGCGGGACUUAAAAAAAAAGACAAAAAAACAAGAGGAGGAGGACGAGAUUCGAAUUAAUUAACUUUAAAGAGAACGGGAAGAGAUUCGUAUGAGCGAGGCCUUAGAGGAGUAGUCGUAUCCGCCCAAAAAAAAAAAGAUACUUUACUUAAAAAAAAAACUAGUACUGUACUGUACUCGAAUAUUUCACUACGUUAUAUUGUACGAUAGAGUAUUAAUAGACAUUUAGUUUCAUAGUUCUCCUCGGUAGUACGCUAUUGUAUUCAGAAGAACUUAAACUAAAUUCCUCGUCGAGUCCUUAGCGGGUAGUAUCUCUCCGUGUGUGAGUGUAUACGUGCGACUAUAUUUUUUUUCCCACCGGGAAACGCGGCGGCGAGGUCGCCGACGGUCGGCGCGGACGAGCCGCCGCCGUCGCGGAGACGGGCGGACUAACACUUUUUUUCCCCGGUAGAAUUAGAGCGUCAUUGUCCUCUCGUUAAGUAGGUCGUGGCUGGUAGUUCCCCGAGGAUGUUCCCUCGCAGAGUGCCACGUGCGUCAGCGCGACGCGCGACGUCGCGUCGCGACGAGGCGCAUCGCGCCGGAGCCGCGCGUACGAAAUCGAUGAAAGUGUCCUGAAUGAUUGCACCUCACGAGGGGCAAGCCGCAUCCCAUCCGGGUACCGCGCUCAGCGUAGUACUCAGCCGCGCGUUUUUACGAGCGCGCUAAACGAUUCCGCCGAUAAACACUGCACGCACAUACGGCACGCACGUAAAAAGAGAAAAAAAGACGGCAACACACGUCCGCGUCUCGCCUACGUUUACAAAAGGACACGUGGUGUCCUUGCAUCACACAGAACGCACCGCUCAGCUCGCCCGCUUCUCUCAUCGAUCCUCCGAAACCCGCUCACCUCCGUCACACCGUGAUCGCCAGGGGUAGCUUGCCUUGAAGCUGGGAGCUAAGAGACGGAUCUUCUCACGAAAAUAAAUAAAAAAAAAAACAAAAAAAAAAAAACAACGCGUUCACGGCAGACUACUGUAGGCGUAAUUUGUGCUGCAAUUAAUUCAGGAAGUGAUCAAAAUACAAACAUAUAGGGGGCCAGUUUAGAGUCACCCGCGCCUAAAGAAAUCAAAGAUAGACUUAUUAAAAUUAAUUUAUAUAAGCUGUAAUUCUCUCCUCGUAUAACGUGUGUGUGGGUUCUGCCGGUAAUUUGGUUCAGUAGGGUCUCUCUUCACCGCACCUUCUAACUCUCUUCCGUUCUACACGUCUUCCGUUGCUCCGUUCUCUCGGGAAGGGGGAAAACAGGACGUCCCGGGAAAAAUCCCUCGAGGUUCCCUUGUACAUAACGCGUCUUCUACUAGGUCUUCUAUAUCCCUGAAGGAACACUAUUGCACUGAAUUAAAGGUCGAGCCCCCCUACUUCUUUGUGCGCCAACAAGAGCCUGUUAUAGAGACGUCACACGCACGCGGAAAGAUAAGAGCAAAAUGCACUUAUCUCGUUGUCGUUAUCGUCGUCUUCGCGAGAGCGACCUCCUUCCGUAACGUAAUUCCGCGCGAUCGCAACUCUGUUGCGACAAUGACGAAUGCCGUUUGGAAUUUGCAUCUCUGGAUGUGAUAGCAACGAUAGUAACACUCUCAAAGAGAGAAAAAGAGAGAGAAAGAGAGAGAGAGAGAGGGAAAGAGAUGUACACGAACGAUAUGCAGAAUCUCCAAAUAAUUUUCGCAAAACCGUCGCUCUAAAUAAAUAUUGGUAUCUUUGCUCUCUCGUUCGAUAACUUAUCAAAUAUUCUUCGAAUGUUUACCAUCAAAAGUAUUCUUCGAGUUGAUCUCAUUGCAAUAUAGCUAUAUACUUAUUAUUAUUAUAUAUAUAUAUUCAUGUAUAUAUAUGUAUCUGGAAUUGCCGGCCUAUACACAAGCGAGGAUAAUACCACAUUUUCCACUACGCCUUUUUCUCCGUGAUACUUCAGUUUCCGAUAUUCGAGAUCGCGUGGAGUGCACUCGCUCUUCUCUUUCCACUGUCUCUCCGCGCAUCUCGUUCUCGACGACGAUGCGAGGGAGGAACACACGGGUACGGCCCGAAUGCAUUGUCUACGCGAAGGAAAAAUCGCGAGAUCAUCGUAAGUGAACGUAAUAGAGUAAUAGACGACGAGAGAGGACAGGAGAAAAAGAAAAACAAAACAAAACAAAAAAUAGAAAGAAAAACUCGCGGAAAAGACGAGGAGCAAGCGAACACACCAAUUUAGAACAAAGGAGAGUCCGUAGGUUUCGAGAAACGCGUAUUCACGGCGGAUUGAGUUAUCGGAUCACACACGAUUGGAUUCACCUCAUUAUCAUUAUCGCGAGAUGAUUAAUGGCAUCAUAUUAAUUCACUCACUAACGGGCAAUAAGAUUAUUCUACAAAGCACUGCCAUAAUUUGAACUGUUGUUACGUUGAUUUUUUGAAAUCCUGCCAAGUAAUACCACUAUUUGAUAUCGUCGAACGAACGGGUCCUAUCCUGCUAAGUGAUGAAUUAAUAUGCAAAUGUCCCGCAUGUGCUGCUGCUGUCCGGUGUCGACUCCGCAUUGUCUGUCCUCGCCAAGCGAAUAUCGCUCUAUAUUCGCCGAGUAAUUUGCUUACACUCUCUUUCGGUUAUCCCUUUAACACAAAUUUCGAUAGCUGACGCAAUUUUCUUAUCUUCUGUUUUCGCAGAUAGCCAGAUCUGUCGGAAACACACUUCGCUAAGUGUUUGCUAUAAAUUUUGUCGGCAGAAUGCCAGCGGAAAUGUAACAGAAUCUGCUAAUGGAAUUUAGUGGCGAAUUGCCAGCAGAAACUUGCUAUUUCGUAACCAUUUAAAUGACAUAUUUCAUUUAAAUGAUGGAUUCUAUUUAAAUGGUAUAUUGUUCCAUUUAAAUAAUGCAUUCCAUUUAAAUGAUAUAUUAUUCUAUUUAAAUGAUGCAUUCUAUUUAAAUAAUACACUCCAUUUAAAUGUUUACGAAAUAACAUUCUGCUCGGUCGCUGUGAAAUUAUAUCGGCAGGCUCUGCGGCUGAGAUUGUCAAUUUGUCUAAUAUUCGAAUCAACUAGCGAAAACUGCUGACAUUUUACUUGGACCGAUAAAAGUAAAUUAUUAUGCUACAAAGUUAAAUCGUUUUCGUGCUCUUUAACGUGUCAACGCACAAUCGCGACGAGAAAUUUUAAGAAAUCUUUCGUAGAUGAGAGCAAUUACACCGUCAGUUACAGGUUUCCCUUCCAACAUGCUACGUCUUGAUUUGUCACUUGGUAAGGAAGGAUCGGCUAUAACGUAAUGUAACGCGUUAGACUUUACGGAAUAAUUAAUCGUAAGAGAUUAACAUAGCAUGUGGCUCUUCCGUUCGUAUAACUUGCAAAACAAAUGGGUUACCGUGGCGUGUACCUCGUUUCUCGACGCUGCACAUUAUUAAAUGCGAAACACGUGAAAUGACGAUUUAAUCCUCGAACAGUCGUGCCGGCUCGUUCUUAACUCAUUAUUCAUUACUACUCCUUCCUCUUUGUGCAUUUAAUAACUGAUAUUACAGCUUUGCGCACGAAACAAAGUUGACAAAAACGACGGAAAGUGACCGUUCUUAAAUAUUGAUGCGAAUAUCAAGAUCGUGAUAAAGCGUUUAUCUUGAAAUGCGACAUGGGACACAUAUUUGCGAUAUUUUCCGUCGUGUUUGUGUUAUAUUGACUAUAAUGUUACGUGAAAUAUGAAAGAUAUGAUAAGAUCACGUGGUCUGCGAUAACGUUGCUCGAGGAUUAAAUCGACCAAGAUUGUAUGCGUAGAGAAGACGGUCUGGAUCAGCCGCGACCGGCUUCUCCCGACGAUUGGCGACCGAUAGCUCGGCGUCGUAGCACACAAACGAAUGAUGAACGAAGGAACAGACGCCACGAGGAUCCCUUCCAACCGCG